GAGGCGCUGGAGCAGGAGAUCAAAGGUCUUGAGGAACGAGUGUCGGCGAUCCAACAAGUUCUGAAUGACCUGAAGGUCCAGCUUUAUGCUAAGUUUGGUAACAACAUCAACCUGGAGGCGGAUGAAAGCUAAAAUCUGCCUAAAUGAGGACUUUUCCACAGCCAGUCGAAGCCAACAAAACAUGAACAAGAAUGUUUUUUUGUAGCUUUAGGUUUUUGUUUAGACUGACGAUGUAUUUAUCUAAAUCACAAGGACAGUAACUGUAAAGAUUUGGUGAUUAAAAUGUUCCACAAAAUUUUAUGUAUACCACUUUUUUGUUAAUGUUUGUUUGGUUACAGUCGGUUAAACUAAAAAGGGACAACAUUUAGGUAUUGUGCAGAUUCAACUUUUUAUAUUUCCUAUUGAAAAACCGGUUUAAUUCAACAUCUUUCACUCAGCUUUUAUAUAUUAAAGCGUUUUUUUUUUUUAAACCCAAAGUAACUAAAAGUGCUUAACAAGGCAAAUAAAUGAGAAUUAACCAAGAUCAUAUUAAAC